AUGGCGCCCGCACGGAGGAAGACCCCCGGGUUCCUCCCUCUCUUCGCCUUCCUCCUCGCCGCCACGGCCCCCGCAGCCUUGGCAAAGUACCAGAACAACUUCGACCUCUACCCGGCCGCCGCCCAGCCCUGCCUGUACGCCGCGUCCGACGCCAGCCUCUGCGACGGCGACACCGUCGCCUCCAUGAACAAGUGCCUCUGCAGCGACGCCCGCGGCGGCUUCGUCACCUCCGCCGCCCUCUGCAUCGGCCGCGACGCCGACCCCACCCUCCGCACCGUCUACCAGUCCAUGAGCACCGCCUGCUCCGACUCCAAGACCCCCAUCGCCCUGACCGAGGACCAGUUCCUCGCCCUCGGUGCCCGCGGCGCCACCGCCUCCUCCCUGCCCGUCACCCCGUCCGCGACGACGACGCCGCCCGCCUCCUCCUCUGCCGCCAGGCACACCGCCUUCAAGACCACCACCACCGGCGGCGCCACCGUCACCGUCACGAGCGCCCCGACGUCCUCGUCGACGAGCGCGCCCGACCCCGAGUCGUCCGGGCUCAGCACCGCCGCCAAGAUCGGCGUCGGCGUCGGCGCCGGCGUCGGUGUGGCCGCCCUCCUCGGCCUCGCCGCCUUCGUCUGGCGCCUCAAGAGGAGCCGCGACGCCCACGACGAGUCCCACCGGCCCAUGCUCGGCGGCGGCGAGUACAAGGGCGAGUACAAGCAGCCCGGGUGGAGGCCGGUGUCCGAGAUCGCGCAGAGCACCAGUCCCGUCCCCGGCGGCGGCGCGCAGACGUGGGCGACGAACUCGCCGCAGCCGCCGUACGCACAGCCUCAGCAGCAGCACGCUUGGGGCCACCACCCGCAGGCCGCCUACGUGCCUCCGCCGUAUCAACCGCAUCCGCAGCAGCAGCAGCAGCAGCAGCAGGGACCCCAGCAGGGCGGGGUGUUCGAGCUCGCCUCGAUACCCGCCGCCUCGAUACCCGCCGCCUCGCCCCCCCAGGCGUCCCAGUCUCACCCGCCGGACGCCGUGGAGAUGCCGGCGGCCGAGGUGCAGCCGCGUCCGGAGAGAUACAUAUACCCCUCGCAAAGACAAUGA